AACUAUUCGUUGCCGUACCGGGAAGAGGGUUGUUUACAAAUAACUUAGUAAUGUGGAAGGAAAAUACGAAAUAGUUUUUUAAACUAUCUGAUUAGAUGUGAAAGUGAAUUAUCUAAACAGUAUGGAGGCUCACACCAAGCAUCGGCUGUAUAAAUCACACUGAUGAGCUUUGUUCAGACUGAUCUUUUCACAUCAGACCGGGUUAGAAACCUGACCGGACUCCCACGAAUUAAAACUGAAAGAAAUAAUAAGAGUGUGUGGGCACAUUGAGAAAAAGCGGAGCAGGUGCAGCGUGGAAGUUACACAGAGGUGUCGGCUGUGGGCACUCAGCGGGAAACAUGGCAGAGAAAGGCAACAAGCUGACACUGAGGCGCCUGGAGGGACCCAUCAACAAGUUCAUUAAAGUAGCUCUGCCCACGGACCUGGAGAGGCUGCAGAAACACCACAGUAACACACUGAAGUAUCAACAGAGCCAGCAAUGGGAGCGCCUCCAUCAGGAGCAUAUGAACGCCAGCAGAACUGUUCAGACUAUAAAGAAACUAAAAAUCUGGACAAGAAAAGAGGAAGGUCUACCAGAACCUUAUCUCCUGCAUGUGCAACUGAGAUCAAACAUCAGAGAGAUGGAGAAGCUGUGCAGCCGGGUCCGUUCUGAAGACGCUGAAGCUCUGGAAUUGCUGGUAAAGCCAGUUAGGGACAGAGCAUCAGGUGCAGCACAGGGCUUCCUGCUUCUGCACUCCAACCCACCUCCGAUUGUGCCAGCAUCGCCGGCUGCACAACUUUCCAUCAGUAGCUGCCCUGAUGUUGAGGAGGUUGACGAGGAGCCACUGUCGGACAGGCAAAUUCAGCUUCAGCUUCCAGAAAUCCCAGCUGAUCAGAUUGCGGCUGAGUCCUGGGAUAACCUGGAAGAGGACCUGAAGGAGCUGAGCGGUUUAGUGACAGAGUUCUCCCUGCUUGUCCAUUCCCAGCAGGAGAAGAUUGACAGCAUAGAGGACAACGUCAACACCGCCACAGCCAACGUGGAGGAGGGGACCAGGAGCCUGGGGAAGGCAGUGGGCUACAAGCUGGCGGUGCUGCCAGUCGCCGGGGCACUUCUGGGCGGCGUGCUGGGAGGCCCUCUCGGCCUGCUAGCUGGAUUCAAAGCUGCCGGGGUGGCUGCUGCUCUGGGAGGGGGAGCCCUCGGCUUCGCGGGCGGUAACCUGGUCCGCAAACACCGCCGAGCCCAAGUGGACCAACAGAUGAAGCCACUGACAGUGCCACCAGCAGAAAAACCUGAGAGUAAUAAGGACAAAUGACCCAGAAGCUUUUCUGUGUGGACUGACCGAUCUGAACCUCUGAGUCUGAAGAGACUCAGAGGCAGACAAUGUGUGCACUUUGUUAAACAGUUGUUUAAAAACAGCCUUAAUUAUGAGCUAGUUCUGGUCAGGAUGUUCAUGUAGGCCUACUCUCAUCACCAGGAUGUAUCUUAUACUUUUUACCUUUUAAUGUUUGAUGUUUUUCCAGGGUGGACUUAAAAUACAAAAAGAAAUUGCAAAGACCUUUUAAAAACAUGAAUUGGAGCACAUAAUACAUUUUUUUCAUACAUGCACACAUACAGGCUCAAAUAUAUACAGUACAUGUGCCUCCAAUAGUAUUCAGUUAAAUAUCUCUGAGCAACUGUACCUCAACCUCAAGCUUUUUGUCCCAUCAUUGAGCUUCUUGCAUAAUUCUGGCUGGAUAUUUAACCAGUCUUCUUAUCAGAAAUGGCAAAGUGUAUUAAAAUUGUUGGUUACUGCCACAGACCUUCCAAAGUUCAUAAAUUUUCAAUAAGGUUGAGUUUGGAGCAAUUAUUGCUGUAAAACGUAUGGACUAGGCUAAAAAACAAAUCUGUAACAGGAAAUUAAACAUUUGAAGGAAGUCUACAGGUUCAGCCAAGAAGAACGAUGAAAUAUUCUGCCUAGAUCUUGACAGAAGCUUGUUCACGGUUACAGAAACCCUGAGCUUGAAGGGCAUUUGACAAAAUGUUGUAGGUGGUGUUUGUAUAUUUUUCACCACAAUAAAUUCAAACUUGUGCGCCCUGUUCGUGGGCAUUGGCUAAUCAUUCAAAGAACAGCAUAAAUGGCUGGACUCUAAAAAUCUUCAGAGCAAAGCACACUACAGCUUUUAGUUUUUGCAGUUACUAAACCUAUUUAUUAUUGAUGAAAAUGUAGCCCUUUGUGAGAAGACUAUCUGAACAUCUUGUCCUGAUCUGUCACUGUUAACAGCACAUGUAGGAUUUGUUUCUAUCUCCACAAGUGUCUACUCUUUUGUAUUUGUGUAUGCAGAAAAUGUGAACAGCUAAUGGUGAAUGUAAACAAUACAGCUUAAAAUGAAAGAAAUACUACUUUUAUGCAGAAAAGUAGCACUUAUGGUGCCAAAGUCCUGACCACUUCAGACAGGAGUGUGUGAGGUUGUAUGAAGAGAUGCUACUGCCGCCAAAUAAAAUGUUUUUAGCAGAAAUGUAAUUUAUUGGAUAAACUGAGCAAAACAAUAGAUUAGGUCACCGUAUUUCUAUUGGUAGAGUAGCUGGAAUACAUAAACCCCAAUCAGGACCUGCUAUAGACUGUUCCUUCAGCAUGAUGGUGCCACUACCAGGCUUUGAGUUGAUGUUCUAAGUUUUAUGCUCUACUAGAAAAUCCUUACAAUAAUGUUUUUCAGGAAUUUUCCCAUGACUGAUAACAGAAGUAGAUAACAUUCAUUGUGGCAGGGUGUCAUAUAAAAUAGAAAAUAUAAAUCAGUAGAAUUAUCAUGAGUCUUUCAGGAGACAUAAUCCAUAGCCAGGUAAGUUGUUUUAUACCUCCUGUGCAGUCAUGUCAUUAAUUGGAUCAACAAAACAUUAAACAGCAGGAAUAAUGGAGUUCAGACACAAACACACAUCUGUAAAAUGUUUUUUUAUUUCUUUUUAUCUCUUUUUUGUUCUUCACCUCUGAGAUGAGCAAUUAAAAAAAUGGCAUCAGA